AUGUUUGCCUCUCGUCCCAUAUUUGUUGAGAUCAUUUGCCUCUUCUACCCAUCGUCCAUAUUUUGUUCCUUCAGAUCAUUUGCAUCUUCUACCAUCCAUCGUUGCCACUCAUUUUCUUUCUACUACAUCGUUGGAAUCAUUUGUCUCUUCUUGUCAUCCAUAUUUGUUGAAUCAUUUGUGUCUUCUACCAUCGUUCGUAUUUUUGAGAUCAGGCAUUUUCUUACCAUCGUCCUUCACUUUUGCAUCCUUCAUUCCAUAUUUGUUGAAGAUCAUUGCCUCUUCUACCAUCAUUCAUAUUUGUUGAAGAUCAUUUUGCCCUUCUUACCAUCUCUGUCCCUUAUUUCAUCGUUCCAUUUUGUUGAGAGAUCAUUUGCAUCCUUCUUAGCAUCGUCCAUAUUUGUUGAGAUCAUUUGCAUCCUCCCACCAUCGUCCAUAUUUGUUGAUCAUUUGCUUCUUCUACCAUCGUCCAUAUUUGUUGAGAUCCUUCUAGCAUCGUUCAUAUUUGUUGGGGAUCAUUUGCUUUCACCAUCGUCCAUAUUUGUUGAGAUUCAUUUGCAUCCUACUAGCAUCGUCCAUAUUUCAUCGUCCAUAUUUGUUGAGAUCAUUUGCAUCCUUCUAGCAUCGUCCAUAUUUGUUGAGAUCAUUUGCAUCCUUCUAGCAUCGUCCAUAUUUGUUGAGAUCAUUUGCCUCCUUCUACCAUCGUCCAUAUUUGUUGAGAUCAUUUGCAUCCUUCUAGCAUCGUCCAUAUUUGUUGAGAUCAUUUGUAUCCUUCUAGCAUCGUCCAUAUUUCAUCGUCCAUAUUUGUUGAGAUCAUUUGCAUCCUUCUACAAUCGUCCAUAUUUGUUGAGAUCGUCGUCCAUAUUUGUUGAGAUCAUUUGCAUCCUUCUAGCAUCGUCCAUAUUUGUUGAGAUCAUUUGCAUCCUUCUAGCAUCGUCCAUAUUUGUUGAGAUCAUUUGCCUCUUCUACCAUCGUUCAUAUUUGUUGAGAUCAUUUGCCUCUUCUACCAUCAUCAUUUGCAUCCUUCUAGCAUCGUCCAUAUUUGUUGAGAUCAUUUGCCUCCUUCUAGCAUCGUCCAUAUUUGUUGAGAUCGUUUGCCCUUCUUCGUCCAUAUUUGUUGAGAUCAUUUCAUCGUCCAUAUUUGUUGAGAUCAUUUGCCUCUUCUACCAUCGUCCAUAUUUGUUGAGAUCAUUUUGCAUCCUUCUAGCAUCGUCCAUAUUUGUUGAGAUCAUUUGCAUCCUUCUAGCAUCGUCCAUAUUUGUUGAGAUCAUUUGCCUCCUUCUACCAUCGUCCAUAUUUGUUGAGAUCAUUUGCAUCCUUCUAGCAUCGUCCAUAUUUAUCUUUCUAGCAUCGUCCAUAUUUGUUGAGAUCAUUUGCAUCCUUCUACCAUCGUCCAUAAUUGUUGAGAUCAUUUGCCCUACCUCAUCGUCCAUAUUUGUUGAGAUCAUUUGCAUCCUUCUAGCAUCGUCCAUAUUUGUUGAGAUCAUUUGCAUCCUUCUACAUCCAUCGUCCAUAUUUGUUGAGAUCAUUUGCAUCCUUCUAGCAUCGUCCAUAUUUGUUGAGAUCAUUUGCAUCCUUCUAGCAUCGUCCAUAUUUGUUGAGAUUUGCAUUUGCUCUUCCAUAUUUGUUGAUCCAUCGUCCAUAUUUGUUGAGAUCUUUUACAUCCUUCUAGCAUCGUCCAUAUUUGUUGAGAUCAUUUGCAUCCUUCUAGCAUCGUCCAUAUUUGUUGAGAUCAUUUGCAUUUGCAUCUACCAUCGUCCAUAUUUGUUGAGAUCUUCAUCGUCCAUAUUUGUUGAGAUCAUUUGCAUCCUUCUAGCAUCGUCCAUAUUUGUUGAGAUCAUUUGCCUCUUCUACCAUCGUUCAUAUUUUUUGAGAUCAUUUGCCUCUUCUACCAUCCUUUGUCCAUAUUUGUUGAGAUCAUUUGCAUCCUUUGCAUCGUCCAUAUUUGCUGAGAUCAUUUGCAUCCUUCUAGCAUCGUCCAUAUUUGUUGCUGAUAAUCAUUUGUAUCCCUUCUACCAUCAUUCAUAUUUGCUGAGAUCAUUUGCCCUCUCUUCCAUCGUCCAUAUUUCAUCGCGUCCAAAUUUCUGUUGGAAUCAUUUGCCUCUUCUGCCAUCGUCCAUAUUUGUUGAGAUCAUUUGUAUCCUUCAGCAUCGUCCAUAUUUAUUGAGAUCAUUUUGCAUCCUUCUACCAUCGUUCCUUUUGUUCAGAUCAUUUGCCCUUCUACCAUCAUUCAUAUUUGUUGAAUCAUUUUGCCUCUUCGUCCAUAUUUGUUGA